UUCGUUUGUAUUGUACCACCGGGCCCCACAAAACCGCCGUGCUAAGGAUCCAUGGAUCCACUCGCUUCCCAGUUGCCACUGGAAAUUCGGAACUUCUCUGUCCUCGCCGAUUCAAUUCCCGAAAACCUCGUAUUCUGCGAGGCUAAGUUCAAACUUCAAACCUUUCAAGAGAUACUUUGCGUUUGAUCAUUUUAAACUACCAAUAUUUCACGGCAAUGGCGAGUUCUGAACCUUAGAAGAGCUGGUCUAUUGGAUCUGUUGAUCCCCAAUUGGGUGCGGAGAAAUUCGAUCCUUUCAAUUGUUCAAUUGGAUCUCCUCGACUUGAACUUUCCCUCAGGUGUUUUUUCAAUUUAUGCCAAAACGAUGAUGGACCAACAUGCUCAAGAGAACAAAGCAUGUAGAGGCCGAAAAAUGAAGAAACAAUGUGAGAGCAGCAAAGAGCCGCUGGGAGAUGGUGAUGUAAGGCCUAUAGAGAUAAUUGAUAUUGAAAAGGCUAUAGAAGUAAUUGAUAUUGAAAAUGUUCUCCUUUACACUCCCAUCUCACUGAGAGGACGUGACAAGAAGGAUCCAAUCUUGGUUGAGCAAUACGCAGAAGACAGAGAACUUCAACAAGCAAUCCACACCUCAAUCCUUCAAGAUAGAUCAAUUAUUGACCUCUCAGAUGGAGAUGGAGACGAAGUUGAGGAAAUAACGCCCAAUAGAGUAUUAAGGUUUCGAAAGACAGCCUUUCCAAAUCCUUCAGUGACUGAAAUUGGACAAUCUUCCAAGUCAAAUUCUUCCAUGACUGAAACUGGGGAAACUUCCAGCUCAAAUGAUCCAACAUUUGUCUGCGAAAUCUGUGUCGAGCAGAAAUCACAGAGUGAGUUGUUUAACAUAAAGGGCUGCACACACUCUUACUGUUCAGAGUGCAUGGUCAGGUACGUGGCCUCAAAGAUUCAAGAGAACAUAACAUCGAUCCAAUGUCCUGAAUCGAAUUGUAAAGGAGUGUUGGAACCUGAGUUCUGUCAGUCCAUUCUUCCUCCUGAGGUGUUUGACCGCUGGGGAAGUGCUCUAUGUGAGUCUCUUUUUCUUGGAUCACCGAAACUUUACUGCCCCUACAAGGACUGUUCAGCACUGCUUCUAGAUGAUGGAGGGGUAGUUGUGGAGGAAUCAGAAUGUCCAAAUUGUCGUAGAUUGUUUUGUGCACAAUGUAAGGUACCUUGGCAUUCUGGGAUUGUCUGUAAGGAGUUCCAGAAAUUAAAUGAGAAUGAGAGAGCGAGAGAAGACAUCAUGUUAAUGCAGCUUGCAAAACAACAAAAAUGGCAGAGGUGUCCUAAGUGCAAAGUAGUAGUUGAGAGGAUUGAUGGUUGCUUGUAUAUGAAAUGCAGGUGCGGUUAUGCUUUCUGUUACAACUGUGGGGCUCAAAUGAUUGGUAACAACCAUUACUGUACCAUUUGUCGGCAUUAAUCUUCAGAAACAAUCUAGGUAUCUUUUCCCAUCAAAAUUGAUGGUUAACCGUGGAGUCAUUUAUCUUUUUGACAUGUAUAGAUUUCUAAAUUCAAGGGAAGACUAACAUAGAUGACAUUGGUUUAUGCUGUGGAUGAUGGAGGAUUCUGGAAAGUAAAUAUUGUGAAGCAAUUUGAGAUUUUACUGUUAUGAAAACAUCACUCUUUUUGGCAAUUUCUAUGAAUUUGUUUUUUAAUUA